CGGCAAGAGGAUAUUGGAGAAAUACCGAUGCUUGUGAAAGAGGGGCGGCCGGAAGGUUUCUAUAAGAGAGGUCCAAGGUGGCUCGCUCCUAGCCUCAGGGGCAGCAUCAGUCAGCAGUCAGCACUCUCAAAACUCAACCCUAGCCCGAGCAACCCCCCGACUACUACCACGCGGCCAUCUCUCCCUCAUACAACCUAACAACCACAUCAUCAACCCCUAUCCCAAACCAAACAAACAAAGCCAAAAGCCACCAUGAAACUCACCACCCUCCUCCUCCCCCUCACCCUCCUCCCCGCCACCCUCGCCGACGGCCCCUCCAUCGUCGCCGCCCUCACCACCGUCAACGAAACCACCACCAAGCUCGGCGCCGCCGUCACCGAUUGGCGCGGCACCAUCCUCGGCACCGUCCCGAUCCUGGCCGAGAGCACCGCCCUGCUCAUCCAAGUCAAGCAAGGGACCGACACGGCCGAGGCCAGCGCGCCGCUGGACGUGCCGGCGUCGCUGGCGGUGGCGACGGCGACGGGCGCGCUGGUGGAUUCCGUUAACGCCACGCUGGCGGCGCUGGUCGAGGCGAAGGGGAUGUUUGAUCGGUUGUUGCUGUCGCCGCUGAUUGCGGUUAAUUUGGGCCUGCAGCGCCGCGCGACGGCGGAGAUGAGUGCGGCGGUGAUUGGGAAGGUGCCGGCGGAGUUGAGGGAGGUUGCCGAGGGGUUGGUGGCGCCGAUUGAUGAGAGUUUUGGGGUGGCCGUGGAGGCGUAUCGGUUGCUGUGAUGGAAGGGGGGGGGUAUGAAGUGCCUAGGUAUUGGUUGUUACCAAUUUAUGCUGUUGGGAGUGAGAUAGUUCUGACGACCUCUUUAACAUUCGCGUGGGAUGGUUUAGCCCCGAGAAAAGCAUUUAUCCGAAUCGUAUCGUCUCUA